AUGAUGUUCUCUAAGAACAUGGAAAUGCCUUCAGCCAAAACGGUGAUCUCCACCGCAGCCUCAGUAGCCGCCGCGGCCAUGUUAAUCCGGUCCACGGCACGUGACUGGGUGCCCAGUGAGCUCCGACAUUAUGUUUCACUGAAACUCAGAAGCCUCUUCAGCUCUCUCUCUUCUCAGCUCACCCUUGUCAUUGAAGAGUUCGAAGGUCUCAACCACAACCACCUUUUCAAGGCUGCCCAACUGUAUUUGAGACCCAUAAUCUCCCCCAACACAAAAAGAUUCAGAGUCACAAUGCCAACCAAAGAAAACAAGAUCUCUGUUUCCAUGCUGAGAAAUGAAGAGAUCGUCGACUUUUUCAAUGGAGUCAAACUCAAUUGGAAGUUGGUUUCCAAGGAAAUCCCAUCCAAGUACAUAGACAAUCCGGACAGUAGAGGUCGAUUCGGGGGAUGUACGCUGAAAUCCGAGCUCCAGUACUGGGAAUUGAGCUUCAACAAGAAGCACAAGGACUUGGUCAUUGGCUCUUACUUGCCAUAUGUACUGGAAAAGGCUAAAGAAGUUAAGGAAGAAUUUAAAACCUUGAAGUUGUUCACUUUGAAGUAUGAUCGGAGGAUGGGAGGGAUGGGAGGAGACGUGUGGCAAUCCGUGAAUUUGGAUCACCCGUCCACGUUCGAGACAUUGGCAAUGGAAGGAGAGGCCCAGAAGAUGAUCAUGGAGGACCUUGAGAGAUUUGUGAAGAGGAAGGAGUAUUAUAGGAAAGUUGGGAAGGCUUGGAAAAGAGGGUACUUGUUGUUCGGGCCUCCGGGGACCGGGAAGUCGAGCUUGAUCGCUGCCAUGGCUAAUUACCUUAACUUUGAUAUCUAUGACUUGGAAUUGGCUGAUGUCAGGAGAAACUCUGAGCUCAGGAAGUUGCUGAUUGCGACUGCGAACCGGUCGAUUCUUGUGGUGGAGGACAUUGAUUGCUCUGUUGAAAUUCAGAAUAGGCUUUCAGCAGCCAGGGCUACAAAUCCUCGUGGUUUUUCUGCUCAAAGAACUGAGGUGACUCUGUCAGGAUUGCUCAACUUCAUAGAUGGACUGUGGUCAAGCUGUGGGGAUGAGCGGAUCAUAGUGUUCACCACCAAUCACAAAGACCGGCUUGACCCGGCCUUGCUGCGGCCGGGUCGAAUGGAUGUGCACAUCCACAUGUCGUUUUGCAGCCCAUGUGUGUUCAAAACGUUGGCCUCCAAUUACCUUGGAAUUACAGAGCACACACUUUUCUUUGACAUAGAGCAGUUGAUAGCCACCAUGAAAGUGACCCCUGCAGAAGUAGGAGAGCAGUUGCUGAAGAAUGAGGAUCCUGAAUGUGCGCUGAGAGACCUAAUUGGGUUCCUAGAGAGAAAGAAGAGUGCAACUGAGGAAGCUGCAAGUAAAGCAGAAGAUGGAGAACCAAAAACUGUUGAGUAG